AUGAUGGCGAUGAACAUGGGCUUGCUUGAAAUCUUCAUAACAUUCAUUUGCUUCCUUGUCUUCCUAGGUUUCUUGUACCACAAGAAAACUCCGAAGCAUUUGCCCACGAACUGGCCGGUACUUGGGAUGCUUCCGGGUCUGCUCGUCCAUGUCAAUCGUAUCUAUGACGCGAUCACCGACCUCCUUGAAGCCUCCCAUAUGACGUUUUGUUUCAUAGGGCCAUGGCAUAGUGGAACUGACAUAUUGAUCACUGUUGAUCCGGCGAAUGUCCGCUACAUCCUAAGCUCAAAUUUCGAUAAUUACCCCAAAGGGAUGGAGUUCCAGGAGAUCUUUGAAGUCUUGGGAGAAUCUAUUUUCAACGUUGACUCGGAGUUGUGGGAGGAUAUGAGGAACUCGUCUCAUGCCAUCUUUGGCAAUCAAGAUUUCCAAAGGUUUUGGGUGAGUACAAGCGUAAACAAAUUGAAGCAAGGGCUUGUUCCUAUCCUUGCAAACGCUGCUGAGAAAAACAUCCUCGUCGACUUGCAAGAUUUGUUUCACAGAUUCUUGUUCGAUACAUCUUUGAUCUUGAUGACCGGGUAUGAUCCAAAAUGUCUCUCCAUCGAAAUGCCCAAGGUUGAGUUCAGUGAUGCGGUGGAUGGUGUUGCAGAUGGUCUUUUCUAUAGACAUAUGAAGCCGGUUUUCUUCUGGAAGCUCCAAUAUUGGAUUGGAGUUGGAGUUGAGAAGAGUAUGAGAAGAGGCAUCGCGGUUUUCGAUCAAUUGCUCGAGAAGAUCAUAUUGGCUAAACGAGAGGAGAUCAAGAGUCAUGGGAUUCGUGGCUCAAAAGGAGAGGCCAUGGACGUUUUAACGUAUUACAUGACUAUAGACACGACCAAGUACAAACACUUGAAACCGAGUAACGAUAAAUUCAUCAGAGACACUAUUUUAGGGGUUUUGAUAGCGGCAAAAGACACAACAAGCUCAGCUCUCACUUGGUUUUUCUGGCUUCUCUCGAAGAACCCUGAAGCAAUGAACAAGAUCCGGCAAGAGAUUAACAACAAGAUGCCGAAGUUUGAUCCAGCAGAUUUCGACAAGCUUGUGUAUCUAGACGGUGCCGUGUGUGAGACGCUAAGGCUAUACCCAUCGGUUCCGUUUAACCACAAGUCACCGGCAAAGCCAGACGUGCUUCCAACUGGGCAUAGAGUCGAUGAGAAUUGGAAGGUAGUAAUCUCUAUUUACGCAUUGGGUAGGAUGAAGUCUGUUUGGGGAGAUGAUGCAGAAGAUUUCAGACCAGAGAGAUGGAUUACAGACAGUGGAACGUUGAGACAUGAACCUUCGCAUAAGUUCUUGGCGUUUAACGCUGGUCCAAGAAGUUGCUUGGGGAAAAAGUUAACGUUCUUGCAGAUGAAGACAGCGGCUGUAGAAAUCAUACGAAACUAUGACAUUAAGCUCGUUGAAGGGCACAAAACCGAACCUGUUCCUUCUGUUCUUCUUCGCAUGCAACAUGGUCUGAAAGUUAGCGUCACUAAGAUCUAG